AUGUAUUUCACAAGCAUUGAUAUAAGAAGUAUAUCGAAUACUGGACUUUUAGCCUUAUGGAUGUCUCGCGAACAAGCACCUGACUUAGAAAUCGAGUCCCUUGAAAACGUGGGUCAAUUAGUUUUGGUCGUGGAUGGAAUUCAAGGUAUUCUAAUUUUGGACGAGGUAACGAAUACUGGUACAAUAUGCAUCACAAAUGUAUUUCUUUACGUCAGGCGCAGCGAUCUCAAUUCCCAGGGUUGUGUCGUUAUCAACGAUGACUCGGCUUUAUUGGUUCAAUCUUCGUUAGGCUCUACCAUCUGCAUGUCCGGUGAGAAUUGUGAAAUUCAUGCUAGAAGGCCGGGCUAUUCAUAUACAGUUGCUCAAUUCAGCGGGGCCACAAACUGCAUCCUCAUUACUGGAAAUUAUAGCAUUCAGUACGAAGAUCCAAAUCUAAUAGCGGUUGUCGAUUCUCCAGACCAGAUUGAAAAGCGAGAAACCACAGUUUAUUAUACUUUUAAUAUUGGUUCCGGAUACGUGUUAGACAAAUUCACAACGAAUUUCGAUGGUGAAUCUCUUCGUAUCUGCUAUCCUGAUAUCAUCGAAGGUCAAUUCUGUCCUUGUUCCUGCGAUGAAAUUCCUGAUUUUGAUCAGGACACACUAGCGACAAUUGCUACUUCGACAAUUUCGGAUGGUCCUACUGUGAUACUCACAAUUACAAUCUCUGAGGAACAUUGGACCACCAUUACAGUCUUUGUUGAACCGGAGGAAACUACGCCAGAGACCGCCCCUGAGACCACCCCUGAAACUACACCAGAGACUACACCAGAGACCUCACCAGAGACCACAUCAGAAACGUCAUCAGAGACCAAACCAGAAACGCCAUCAGAAACAACAUCCGAAACUACAUCGGAAACUUCGCCAGAGGCUUCGUCAGAGACUUCGUCAGAGACUUCGUCAGAGACUUCGUCAGAGACUUCGUCAGAGACUUCGUCAGAGACUAUACCGGAGACUACACCAAGGACCACGUCUGAGACCAUACCUGAGACCACGCCAAAAACUACACCGGAGACUACACCAGACUCAUCUCCGGAAACCACGCCUGUUUCUCCUACCGAGUCACCGACUACUCCUAGUCCCGUAACAUCCCCUACUACCACUGAAACAACUCAGUCAACACAAACCACUCUUACAACGACAACUAAUACGACUACUGAAACUACAAUCACCUCUGAAACUACAGUCACCUCUGAAACUACAUUGACUACGUUAACUAGUGAGACAACUGUGGAACCUACCUUAACCACCAUUACCGAACCAAUUACUCGAACUCCUGUAUCACCUCGGCCCACAGAACCUAGCCCAGAAACUAGAAGAACAACUACAGCUAUCCCAACCACUAUUGAAAGCACAGUCACCGCUAUAACUUUUACAUUCCUAGUUGUUGAAACUACUCCAAACCUUCCAGCAGUACUGACAGCUGAGACAAUCACGAUUCUAGGUACACCAAUUAUAGUUACAGUUCCCGUAGUGGGUUCGGGUUUGUUGGCCAGAACCACAUCGGUAUUGAGUGUAGAGACAGAAACACCAAUCCCGAAUACGAUUGUUCCUCAAGUUAGUUCUACAGUUCCACCCCAAGUAAGUCUUGUUGUGACACCUGCAGUAGGUUCUGCAGGUGGGUUGUAUUCCUCCUUCUUUAUGGAGUACUUACUAUGUUUGUUUGGGGUUUGUUUGUUUAGUGUGCUUAUGCUCUAA